AUGGUGAGACAUCUAAAUAUUCGAGUCAUACUACUUGUUCCUGAAAGAAGCAACACCGUGCAACAGCGCAAUCCCUGCGGGACCAGUCCCACGCUCCCUCGGCUGCGCGGGACGCGCUCCCCCAGGCUUCCAUCCCUGCGGCAGCAGUUCCGCGCUUCCCUCGCGCCCCGCGGCGCGGCGCCAACGGGCUCCGGGAGCGGGCGGGCAGGCGGCGCGGCGGGCGGGCUGAGGCUUCCCCACCUGCCCCGACCGCCUGCCUCCCGGUUGCCGCGGGCGGCGAUUGGUGAGGCCCUCGCCCCCCACCCGCGAUGUUCGGUGCGGCAGGACAGCAGUCCCGCUCACCCAGAACCUCGAGGACCUGACUCGGUGCAGAGCGUCCUGCUGCCACAGCGUCAGUGCGGGACGGGAGCGGCUCUCGAGGGGAGCGCCUGCCCUUCGCUUCCGAGCUCUGGAGGCUCCCGCGCGCCCUGCGCGCUCCGCACCGCUAACCCUGGAGACUCCCUCUGCCCCUUCGCCAGAGCAGACUGGCCGCGAGUAUCAGAGGAGCACCCGGCUCCCCGGCAAGCUCCCCUUUUGUUGUGGUGGCAGAAAGGGCGAGGGGCCGUGUCCUGCCGCCCCGGGCGCCGGUGGGCGCAGGCAGGGGGCUACGGGAGCCGGGGCUGCCGCGGCGGACCGGGAAGGGAAGGGACUGCUGCCCGCGAAGCGCCGAGGCGCCCUCGGGUUUCCCUCUCUCCUUCCUGGAGAAAGAGGAGCAUCUGCAGAUGGCGCCGGGGGCCCGGCGGGAGUGGAGCCGCCCAGGCGUGGAGCCCGCCGAGGGGAAGCGCUGAGCUGCGGGCCGGCGAGAGUGACUCCUGCGGCUCCUCGCUGUCUGCGAGCUCCGAUGAUCUUGAGCCUGAAUGGUUGGAUGGUGUGCAGAAAAACGGGGAAUUAUUUUAUUUAGAAUUGAGUGAAAGUGAAGAAGAAACUUUGUUCCAGAACAGCUGUCCAGAAAUGCCAGCAGUGAAUCAUGUCAGGUUUCGUGAAAAUGAAGCUGAAAUUAUUCAAGAGGAAUCACGAAAGGAAAGAAAGUAUGAACUGAAGAAAUGGACCAAAAUAUUAAAAAAGAAAAAUCUUUUACCAAAGCAUUCUGGUAAGAAAGGCAGUGGAAGCUGUAAUGUGCACUCCACUGGUCCUACUUCCAUAUUGAAACACCCAUCCACACAGAAAAUGGGUGUCACUGUUCCACAAAAGUACAAAGAUGUGUAUGUUUAUGUAAAUCCCAGAAAACUGUACAGUGCUGGAGAAGAGGAGCAGCAGAGGCUGCUGGAGGCCUUAGUGGGAAUUGUCCAUCAGUCCUCAUGGAGCAGCAGAAGAGUGGAGAAACAAGGCAGGAAGGAUAAAGUCAUCAGAGGAGUUGGUGAAGAGAAGCUUGUGGUACAUGGCUUGGUGCCAGGUAGUUCUGCAGUGAAAACAGGUCAAAUCUUGAUCGGAGAUGCUUUAAUUGCUGUCAAUGAUGUCGAUGUGAAUUCUGAAAAUAUAGAAAGGGUUUUGUCUUGCAUUCCAGGUCCUAUGCAGGUUAAACUUACAUUUGAAACCUCAGUAUUUGAGCCUGAAGUAACUUCUCAGCAAAUGAACAAACAGGCACAGUCAAGUAUGAACAAUCUGGUUCGGCUCCUGUGGGGAGAAGACAGUACGGACCUUCAGCAGGCUGUUCAGGACGUGCCUCAUAUUGUCAUGUUCCUCACACUGAAACUGGACUCUGAAACAUCCAAGGAUGAGCAAGAAAUUCUUUAUCAGUACCCCAUAUCUGAAGCAUCCCAAAAACUGAAAAGUGUGAGAGGAAUAUUUCUCACACUGUCUGACAUACUGGAAAAUGUUACUGGUACCGAGAUUAUCAGUUCCUCCCUUUUCCUAUGUGAAAAACUGGUUCAAGUUGUUUACUGGAAAGAAUCUGACAAGUUGCUCAUAAUUGGCCUUCCUGAAGAGAAUGUGCCACUUUCUCAGCUGAGGAACAUGAUUGAAGAUGUUGUCAGGACCUUGACGUUUAUGUACGGUUCUUUGGACAGUGCUUUUUGCCAGGUGGAAAAUGUUUCUCGCCUCGAUCAUUUUUUCAACCUGUUCUUCCAGCGUGCACUUCAGCCUGUGAGGCUCGAGCCGAGUGCCAGCCCCAGUGCUCAGCACUAUGAGACCUGCAGUGCCUUGUUCUUGGACAAUCUCCCAGGCCUGCGCUGGCUGACACUGCCUCAGGAGAUCAAGAUGGAAAUUGACACGGCACUGAGUGAUCUGGAAGCAGCUGACUUCGCAGAGCUGUCUGAAGAUUAUUAUGACAUGAGAAGAUUAUAUAUGAUUUUGGGCUCUUGUCUCUUCUACAAGGGUUACUUGAUUGGUAAUCACUUGCCAAAGGAAGAUCUUAUUGAUAUAGGUUUAUACUGUCGGCACUACUGUCUGUUACCCUUGGCAGCAGAACGGAGAAUCGGUCAGUUAGUGAUGUGGCGGGAAGUAUUUCCACAGCAUCAUAUCCAGCCAUGCGAAAGUUCAAGUUUUACAGGAUACAGGGAACCUGAAGCAAGAUACUUCUUACUGAUAGUUGGCUUGAGACACUUCAUGUUGUGUGUCCUACUAGAGGCAGGAGGCUGUGCAUCCAAAGCUAUUGGGAAUCCAGGACCAGACUGUAUAUAUGUAGAUCAGGUCAAAGCAACCAUACUCCAACUGGAAGGAAUAGAUGCCAGCAUAGAGGAAAGGCUGGAUUCUCCUUCCAUUCCACCUUUAGCUUGUGCUGACUGGUUCCUUCCUGCAGCACGUGACAAACUGGAGAGCUUGACCACCUCGCCUAUCCUAAGCAAAAUACAAAACACUUGCAAACCAGCAACUACUCCAGCGAGCAGAAGAUCUCUGUUUGGGGACUCUUCCCUAUCAACACAGAUGCUGAGCCCUACGAGAAACAGUGGAGGACCCCAACAGGGUAACGAAGGUCCUGCAGAAGAUGAAAGCACUAACCCACAACCUGUAGUGGAUCAGGCCACUAGAAAAAAACACACCCUGCCAAAUCCAUGUCAUUUAGGAAAUCUAAGAAAGAACCUUUCAGAGAAAGAUAAAGAACUUCUUAAUGCUGUCAAGUUGACAUCUGGUCCUGAGAAUACUCUCUUCCACUAUCUCUGUUUGGAAACGAUGCAAGGAAUCUUUAUUACUCCAACUCACAAAGAAGUAGCACAGCUCAGUGGCUCCAUCCACCCUCAGUUAAUUGAGAAUUUCUAUCGGUGCUGUCUUUCAAUUCGUUCCAUUUUUCAGCAAUCCAUAAGGAAAGAGAAAAAGGAAAAGGCAGGCAGUGGAAUUUCAGAAUUUAGUAAGGCAGCUGAGGACACAGGUCUCGUAAGAGAACAUGGUGUUUUGUUUGAGUGCUCUCCUGAUAACUGGACUGACCAGAAGAAACCACCACCAACAAUGAAUUACUGGGUUGUGGGGAGACUCAUUUUACAUCCAAAACCUCAGGAGUGUUACGUCUGUUUUCAUGACUCAGUCACAGAAGCUGCUGUUGAACUGGCCUUUAAACUGUCUUUUGGCUUAGCUACAUAGAUGAGCUUCCUGGACACUCAACCAUCCUUCAUGGUGGUGUUAGUUCUUUAAAGUAUUCCAUAUAAAGGGAAUGAACUUAAUUUAGGUGCCCACCCACGGUGUAUCUUUGAAAUGCUUUAGAAAAACAUAAAUACCUUGUGGUAUGACAUAGGUAAAACUUCUGUGGUGAUUCCAAUGAUCUUAUCAAUUGAAUACUUAAAAAUAUUUCAGAGAACCAAAGUUCCUAUUUUUAUAUACUGUCAAUUUUUUUAUCCUGAUCAUAACUUUAUUACAUGAAAACAUAAUUUGUACAGUCACUGCUGUCAGUGCACACACAAUAUGCAAUGUAAAAUGAUAAGCUGAUCCUCAAAAGUACUCUCUGAACAUGUGGCAAUUGGUGAUGAAGGAAAAAAACUUUUUCCAAUUAGUUAAAAUUUUGUUUCUCUAAGGGCCUUGAAAAUACUGAAUGUUUUCAGUAGCAUUGUGUUGAUCAACACAGAAAGAAAUCCUUUAGACAAUUCAUGGCACUUAGCCUCAAAAAACUAAUGACUAAUCAUUUUUGCCCUUAUGCUCUCCUGCACACUCAAGGACUAUAGUGUGGUUGAUUGUUUUACUUGACUUCAUGAGUUUUAACUAUAAAUAAUACUUAUAUUUGUUAAAAUGCAAUUUUGAAGACACAAAGAAAGAUGGGGGGCGGGGUAGAUGGUUUUAAGACUUCUGCAUGGACUUGGCUUAUUUUAUAUUCCUAAUUUCUUAAUAAAAAUG